AUGGCAGACUCGCUCAAAGAUCAGCUCCUCGCUCUGGCUUCAACUGGAGACGUCAACAAAAUGAGAACCCUCUUAUCAACCAGCGAACAACGCCCAUCACAAGAAAUUAUCCAAGAGGCUCUGACAGCAGCCGUGAAGAACUACCAAUACGAUGCUGUACGUUACCUCUUGUUAAAGUCCCGCUCCACCCCUCUCAACGAGGAAGUCGUCCGAGCAGGUGUAAACACAGGUUCAAUCCCGCUUAUGCAGGCCUUGAUCACCAAGGAUCCAUCUGUGAUCAACAUGCAGUUCGACAUGCGGGGAACACCUCUCAUCGUUGCAUGCAUGGGUCGACAGCACGUCGACUUUCUACGCUUUCUUCUUGAGGCUGGGGCAGAUCCUAAUCAGGAGCCUGAUGCAGCUGCGUAUCCGCUUGCAUUGGUUGCAGCGCUGUACAAGGAUACUGCUGCCAUCGACCUGCUGUUGAAGUAUGGUGCCAAGAUCGAGAACUCAGGCGCUCUUGCAGCUGCGGCCAGGCGGGGCAAUGAGGUUAUGAUGCGGUAUCUACUGGAGAGGGGGGCUCGGCUUAAAACAGAUGGUACUUCGACGGCCACUAAUGAUUCGCCUCUUCGCGUGGCUGUCAGGGCUGGGCAUGUCGGUAUAGCUAGAAUAUUGAUGGAACAUGGAGCUGAUCCUAAAGCUACUGAUGGUACUGGUACUUCAGCUAUCCAGCUUGCUAAGCAGUUGCAGCAAGAGGGCAAGGCUACGUCAGAGAUGGUCGAGGCCCUGGAGGGCAAGUAG